UGAACUUUCAGCAGAAGUGAGUCGAUGCGUAGUUUUGCCGCGCUUUACGAGUUAGGUAAUCGAGAAGAAAGUAAUAAAACUGCAUAAAAAGGAGGCUAGGUGAAGGAAAUAGAAAAUUCCAGUCUAUUCACGGAGGGAAAAAAAAUUAGAAAAGAAGAAAAUUUCAGUCUAUCCAUGAAAGAAAAUUCCAGUCUAUCCGCGUAGUGGAGAAGACUUCCAGUCUAUCAGUGUAAUGCAUGUUAGCUGUGCUGAGAGCUUGGUCUUAAUUAACUGAUAGAUAUGAAGAAUGCUUUAGAUUCUGAGCAUGUUGCAGAUCUUGCACCAGUUGGACUGAAUUUGCUUAACAGAUUUGAAAUAACAAAAGUAAUCGGACGUGGUGGCUUCGGCCAAAUAUAUCGUGGCAAAGACCUCACAACUUCAAAACUCGUGGCCAUAAAAUUGGAAAAUCCUGGAAGGGAAUAUUUAGAUAAUGAGGUAGCUGUUUUGAAAGCUUUGAAAGGAAAGGAUGGCAUUUGCCAACUCUAUGCUUAUGGACAUCAUUCUAACUUUAACUUCAUAGUAAUGGAUCUUCUAGGCCACGAUUUGUCUAAAAUCGUGCACUGCAUGCCAGGUGGUAGUUUCACUUCAACCACUAGUCUGCGACUAGGCCAGCAGAUUUUACGUGCAAUAGAAUAUUUACAUAGUGCUGGCUACAUUCACAGAGAUAUUAAACCAUCAAAUUUUGCCUUGGGUGCCUUUCGACAUAAUAAGCGUAAAGUAUAUAUGUUUGAUUUUGGUUUCUCAAAAUAUUAUCGAACAGAGGCCAGAAGGAGCAAUGAACCAGGAACUGCAUCCGCUUUCGUAGGAACUGUGAAGUAUGCCUCAAUAAAUGCACACCAAAAGAAAGAGUUAACGCCAGUUGAUGAUUUGUGGUCAUUCCUCUAUAUGUUGGUGUACUUAACUGAAGGCGAACUGCCAUGGGAAGGAGAAACAGAUUUCAAAGAGGUUUGCAAGAUAAAGGAAAGCUUUGAUCAUCUAACACUCAUUCGUAGAAUGCCUCGUGAUUUCCGUUUUUUUCUUGAGGAACUGCUGAAGAUUAAAGGUUACAGAAGACCAAAUUAUCCUAGGCUGCAUAGGAUAAUUAAAAGAUGCCUGCGUAGAAGAGGAGUAGAAGAAAAUGAUCCUUAUGACUUUGAUGUAUCAAGAGAAGAACUUAUAGAAAUUCAACAAAUUCCUACGCUUUCCCGUUCUUCAAAAAGCUGCAAAACAUCUUUUCCUUCUCAACUGCAGAGUUUCUUCUAACAGUAUCAUG